AUUCACACCGAUUCAGCAACAGCUGUGUCCCGCUAGGCGGAGGCGGAGCGCUGCAUUCUGUUCACUUACGGGAAGCGCGUUCACGAGAGUCGGAAUCGUGGUUUGUUUACUGAAGAGAAUAGGUUUUUAUUUUAUUAAGGAUCUACAAGCUUAAGUUGAUUAGUACUGAGAUCCAGUCAUGGCACAAAACAAAGACGGAUACACUCGCUUUGAAAACGCCCCACAUGUCACCAGCAUGGAUCAGCCUGCCCCGCCAGGCUUUAUGAUGCCUCCUGCUUAUGAUGCUGGUGUUCCUCAUGGAGGAGUGGAUCCUGGCGUACCCGUCACUGUAUAUGCUGGAACCCCGUAUGCACCACCAACUGCUUUUGGGAAUCCCAUGUACGGACAGGGAGGGUCUGGAUAUCCACAGCAACCGUAUCCUCAAGCUGGGCCUUACACCGCAGGUCCUUACAGUACCGGACCGUACGGACAACCAGCUCCAUAUGUAGUGGCAAUGGGUGAUCCAGUGCAAAGCGACCCACCUCCAGACUAUGAAAACCAGCAGUUCGUCAGCUCUGGACUCGAUGAUAAAUCCGUCAGAAGGAUGUUUAUUCGAAAGGUCUUUGCCGUUUUAAGUGUGCAGCUGGCAGUGACCUGCAGCUUCGUGGCCCUCUUCACUUUUGAACCUCACGUCAAGCUGUUUGUGUUGAAAAACACAUGGACGUACUGGGUCGGCUAUAUGGUUUUCCUCGUGCCCUACCUGGUCAUCCUCUGCUGUGGAGAGUUUCGCAGGAAGCAUCCGUGGAACCUCAUUUCUUUGUCUAUUCUGACACUAGCGAUGUCCUACAUGGUUGGGGUGAUUUCCAGCUUCUACGAUACUGACAUCGUGAUGAUGGCUGUCGGCAUUACGGUGCUGGUUUGCGUUACUGUGAUGGUCUUCUCUCUACAGACCAAGUAUGACUUCACUUCCUGUUACGGGGUACUGUUCGUGUGCUUCAUCGUCCUGAUGUUCUUUGGGAUCCUUUGCAUCUUCCUGUACAGCAGGAUUCUGGACCUCAUCUAUGCGUCGCUGGGUGCGCUGAUCUUCACCUGUUUCUUGGCCGUGGACACACAGCUGCUUCUGGGGAACAAGAACCUGUCCCUGAGUCCCGAAGAAUAUGUCUUCGCUGCACUCAAUCUGUAUUUGGACAUCAUCCAUAUCUUUUUAUACAUUUUGCGAAUCAUGGGAAGAAGCCGUGGUUAAUUUCACCAUAAGGGAACCUCAUGUGUUCGUGUGUACAGAAACACAUGCAGUAGCGUUUUCUUCUAUGUUACAAUGCUUUCUUGUGUCCCAGUUUGAUAUGCAGACACAACUAUGAUUAAACCAUUUGUACUUCUUGAAAUGUAUAACAAUUAGCGCUGUCACAUUUCAAAAACAAAAUUGUGAAUAAUCGCAUCUAACAUAAAAGUUUGUAUAUAUAUAUAUAUAUUUCUGUCAUGACAACUCUCGGGAGAUUGGUAUGGUAAUGGAGAUUGGCAUGUUUAUGGAUAUGGCAAUGUUAAUGUAUUUGGUCUUGGUGGAAUAGAUCUGCUACGCUGCUGCUGCUGCUGCUGCAGAGCAAGUACCGAGACUUGCUGCUGCUAUAUAUGUAACAUACAUGAAUUAACCCCUGUAGCAGAUCUAUACAGGUGGAGCUGCGGAGGUGGAGGGUUUCUGAAGCGCGCUGCACACUUUGACCAGCAACACACCAGUAUUUGUUAAGCCGCAGUUCAUUUGCCACUGAUGCAACAACAACCAAUCAGCUGCUAUGUAGAUAAUGACAUGAUCACUAUCAAAUGAGUUGGACCUAUCAGCUUGCACAUCUAGGGCCCUAUCGUACACCCGGCGCAAUGCGACGCCCGGUGUUUUUAUGAUGCAGUUAUCAUUUUCACGUCCAGCACAACGUUGUUUAAAUAGCAAAUGCACUCCACCCAUCUGUUCGCCCAUGGGCAUGCUGGUCUGAAAACGAGGUGUGCGUAUUUUGAGGCAACUGAAAAUGACUCGUAGUAUUUUUUUUGUUAUUUAAAGGGCACGUUAGUAAUAUGCGCCUAUAGGCGGGUACACAAUGCGUGUACACUCUGCUUAUUACACACACAGGGACGCGCAGCAACACACAAACAUGCCAAAUAUUAAAAAUAAAAGGAUUACAAUGUAAAAGAUUAUUAUUGUGUACAUAGAGAUAAAAAUGCCUACAUGUCAUAAUGGAUAGUCAUUGCAUGUAUCAGAGUGACCUAUUUGCAGUAAUGACGAAUGAAAUUGGCUAAUUAUUUGACCAAUGAUGGUGCAAGCACACCUGGCUUUUAAAGGGAAUGGGAGAUGACUGAUUAAUUGCACGUUAUGCCCAAAACACACCCAUGACUCAUUAAGAGACUAGGUACAACACUUUUGGACCAUGCGUCUGGUGCGCCGACCAUUUUUUCCGUCGUUAAACUAGCAAAAGUAGAUUCGGACACGCCGUAACUGCACCUGCUCCAUGCGCUUCAGACCAUGAGCUUAGAUCAUUAAAAUAGGGCCCCUAGAGUUUCAUAUAUAUAUAUAUAUAUAUAUAUAUAUACACACACACACACACACACAUAUAUAUUUACAGACUUUUAUGUUAGAUGCGAUUAAUCGAUUUGACAGCACUAAGAAAAAUGUGAAGCUUGUAGUCUCUGCUCAUGCGCUCAUUUAUAUGAUCUUUUAUACAUCUGUGUAACCUGUCAAUCAGUGUUAAGAUAAUCUUGAGAAAAUACACUGAUUCAUUUUCCCCUUUUCUGCACUUCUGUUUAUGUUACCCAUUCUUUUUAUGCAUUCCAUUGUACUUUUGAAAAGGGAAUAAAGACAUUUUUAAUGUACAAA